AGAGAGGCACUGAGGCGUUAAAUCAAACGGCAAAAAGACUAAGAAAUGAUCCAAUCCCCAUCCUUUGAAGUCAGCAUCAUAGGUCAUCCACUUGCGGUUUCUGUUGAUCCAGCACCAACUUUGGAUCAGUUGGAAGCUCUGCUAUGUAAUGGAUCUCUGAGAGAUGACCUUAUCUUCAAAGAGAAGGUGUUCGCGCAAGGUGAUGACAGCAGGUAUAUUAGAAUGGAUCGGCUGCGAAAGAAUGACAUUCUCUUCCUCUUUAAACGGGAAGGAGACUACUUGCGUUGGUUCUCCCGGCGACACUGGGUUAUCAAUGGAAUCAGUGUUGCAAUCUCCAAAUGGUCCCCAGACUACUCCCCAACUCGUGAAUCCCCAAUUGCUCCGGUGUGGAUAAAGCUCGAGCAUUACCCAGUUCAUCUCAACGACCAUGGAGUUCUAUUUAAAGUGGCAUCCCUUUUUGGUAAGCCUAUUAAACUCGACUCCAAUACUGCGAUUGGUGUUUUCCCUGAACAACCUAGAUUCUGCGUUGAAAGGGACACCUCUCUACAGUUUCCUUCCCGUCUUAAUGUUCGGUUGGGAUGCAAGGAUCUCUGGAUCCCUUGUAAGUUUGAGAAUCCACCACAAUUCUGCUCUUGUUGUUCUAUUUUUGGGCAUAAUGUCAACAAUUGCCGAAAGCAUAAACUAUCGAACCUCACCGGAAAAGCUCCGGCUGGUGAGGUGGGCCACAAGGGAGCGGGCUUUACGGAGGAUCUUGCAGGGUGGACAUGGGUUGCCAUUCCUAAAACUGGCGUCCCUCUUCCCCAUGCCCCUCCUGUUGUUCACACCACUUAUGAUCAACCAAGUACGUCCAAACAGGUGAAGUCCCACUGGUCUCUUCUCAUGCCUAUCAUUGAAGAUGUAAAUGAAGAUGAUGCCCUCUCCCAAGCCACGCCAUCUCCUUCACAUAAACAUAAAUCUGUCCCACUACCCCACCAUAACUCUGAUGACAGUUUGGCAUUGGUCCCCUACUCCUCUGCUCCAGUAGUCCCUUGCCUUGCCUCAAACCUUUUCAGUAAAGAUGACUACUGGCUGAUUUUUUGGAAUGUCUGUGGGGUUCCCUCUUCCAUCGACAGACUUAUUUCCCUCAAGAGGAUUCACACCCCUUCUUUCUUCUGUCUCUUUGAACCUAAAAUUUCUGCCUCACACAUCUCUACCUACGGCCUCAAAUUGGGUUUCAACAAUCAUCUCUCUUCAACUAAUAACAAGAGAUGGAUUUUUUGGGAUUCUAGUCUGCUGCAUUUGGUCAGCUUUGACGAUGAAGAACAAGUUACUCACUGCAACUUCUCCAUGGUUAACUACUCCAACUCCAACCUUACCAUCUCUUGUGUUUACGGGGCUCACACGGUGGUUGAACGAAGGCAACUUUGGGAAAGCUUGCAGGGGAGGAGCAACUUAAAUCACAAUUGGGUGGUGGGAGGUGACUUUAAUGCUAUUUCUUCGCCUUCAGAAUUCAAAGGACAGUGUGAACCAAGCGCACUAGGUAUGGAAGAGCUCAAAUCGUGCAUUGAAGCCUGCAAUCUGUUCUGUCCAGACCCUUCCGGUGGUCUCUUCACGUGGUCUGGCACAAGGAGCCGUGGGAAAACAUGGCGUAGGUUGGACAGAGUAUUGGUUAACCUAGCAUUUCAAUCUUUUUUUCCAACCUUUUAUAUUCAUCAUUUACCCAAAGCUUGUAGUGACCACAAAGCUAUCCUUUUUUCUUGCCAUUCAAGCCUAGACCGUGGUCCUUCUUCCUUCAGAUUCCUGAAUGCCUGGAUACACCACAACCGGUUCCUCCAAGUGGUUAAGGAAUGUUGGACUAAGAGUAGCUCUUGUGGUGGCAUGCAUGGACUUGUGGCCAAACUCAAAGAUCUAAAGGGAUGUCUUAGGGAGUGGAACAAGAAUGAGUUUGGCAAUAUCUUUGAAAAUCUAACAAUGGAAGAUGAGCUUGCAACCCAAACCCAGCAGCACUAUGAGGCAGAUCCAACCGAAGCCAACCGUGCACUAGCCCAGGAGGCCAACGCAAAGCUCCUACUCGCUACUCACAGAGAGGUGGCUUAUUGGAAGCAAAAAGCUAAUGCAAGAUGGCUAGAAUCUGGGGACUCCAACUCCAAGGUCUUUCAUGCCUUUGCAAAUGGGAAAAGGAGGGAGCUUGCAAUCAAUCAUAUUAUUUCGGAUGAUGGUUUAGGGCUCUCCACGCAAACAGAAAUCUGCUUGGAAGCCACUACUCACUUCACUAAGCAAAUUCCUUCUUUGGACGAAGUUCAGCAGGCAGUUUGGGACCUGGACAGCAGUAGCGCCUCGGGACCGGAUGGUUUCAAUGGCCUUUUCUUCCGCUCUUGUUGGGAUAUAAUCAAAGAGGAUAUGCUCAAAGCCUCCCAAGAAUUUUUCUUGGGGUUUCCCAUUCCUAGAGCCUAUGGUAGUACUCUCAUUUCCCUUAUCCCCAAGAAGGAUAGCCCCAAACGCUUCGACGACUACAGGCCCAUCUCCCUUAGUACGUUCAUGAGCAAGGUCAACACCAAAAUUCUCUCCACCAGGCUCAAACCCUUGCUGCCCAAGCUGAUCUCCUCCAAUCAGGCAGCUUUUCAACAAGGUAAAAGCAUGGCUGAUCAUAUCCUUCUAGCUAUCGAAGCAGCUCAUAACCUGGAUAGAAAAGUGUUCGGUGGAAACAUGACCAUUAAGAUUGAUAUCGCCAAAGCCUUCGACAAUCUUCGUUGGGAUUAUCUUGAGGCUAUUCUUAAAAAGGGUGUCAAGCAAGGUGACCCCCUUUCACCUCUUCUCUUUAUUAUUGCAGGGGAAGGUCUCUCAAGAAUGCUCAACAAAAGUUUGGAAGAAGGCCACAUUCAUCCUUUUAAUUUGGGUAGUGUUAAGAUGCCGGGCCAUCUUACCUACGCGAAUGAUAUUAUGAUCUUCACAAAAGGGGACACUAUCAACCUUCUCAAGCUAAGGAAACUUCUUGGAGAUUACUCCUUGGAUUCGGGGCAGGUAGUCAACUUCACAAAGAGUAACUUUUAUGUCAAAACCACUACCCCCGUCUCUCAACUGGCCAACAUGAGCAAGAGCCUUGCAAUGGAAGCAGGUUCUCUUCCCUUUCGUUACCUUGGUGCAACCAUCUGCAAGGGUAUACUUAGGAAGCCGCACUGUGAUCAUCUUGUUGCACACUUCGACAAGCACCUACUCUCAUGGUAUAGCAAGACUCUUAACCCUAUGGGAAGGCUUAUUCUAAUAAAACAUGUUCUAUCAUCAAUCCCCUUACAUGUCCUGACAGUUCACACCAUCCCGGCGUCGAUCAUCAACUCUCUUCAUUCACGGAUGGCUAACUUCUUUUGGGGAUCAAGGAAUGGCGCUAGGCUUCACCAUUGGAAAAGCUGGACGUCUCUUUGCCAACCAAGUUCUUCUGGUGGUUUGGGCAUUAAUGACUUGGGAAAGAUGCAGGUUCUCCAUUCAAUAAACCUUUGGUGGAGGGUUAACCAUGAUAACGGUGUAUGGGCUUCUCUCAUGAGGGGCAUUUAUGUGAAGAAAGGCGACAUUAAGGAGAAGCUUACAGACUCCCCAACAUGGAAGAGGAUCUGUAGGGUACAUGCGCUGGCCCUUAGUCAUUACAGUGGAAGUUCCAACCCUCUUCUCUGGCAUGGGAAACCCUUCUCCCCUAAGAAUGUGCUUAUCUCUAUUGGUGAUGGACUACCUUGCAGGCUCUCUUGCAAAUAUAUUUGGCAUUCGGCUCAAACCCCCAAGCUCAGAAUCUUUCAAUGGAAAGCGUUCAUGGGCUGUCUUCCCUUUCUAGACCUUGCUGCAAGGUUCUCGGAUAGUCUUCCCAGUAGGUGCCCCCUGUGCAAAUCACACGCUAGCCUCCUAUUCCCUCAGCUUGCACGUAUGGAGUUACUUCGCAGCCCUCAUUGAUGCACCAAAACCGUCCUCAGUACUGCGACUUAAUCAAAUCUUCCUCACUUGGUGGUUCAGUGCUGAGUCAUCUUCAUUUAAGGGUAUCCUCAGAUUAGUCGUGCCGGGAGUCAUCUCGUGGCAUCUCUGGAAAGCAAGGAAUCAAGCCAUUUACGAUGG